ACCAUUGAGCAGUCUAAAGCUUCUAUGUGCCGAAACCAAUUCACAAAUGGACAAUUUAGUCCCACCACUCUAACCUGCCUCACCCUAUAAAUCGCAUUUUUUGAGCAAUAUGGUCUCAUCAAGCAAAUAGUCUGAAACAUGAAGAUUGUUCCAGUUUUUCUCUGCUUUCUCCUCCUCUCCAUCUUCUUUUCACCUUUUCUGUCAGAACACUGCAACCCUCAUGACAAGAAGGUCCUUCUCCAGAUCAAAAAAGCCUUAAACAAUCCUUACCUCUUGGCGUCAUGGGACCCAAAAACAGAUUGCUGUGAUUAGUAUUGUCUUGAAUGUGAUCUCAACACCCACCGUGUUAUUUCACUCACCAUGUUCUCUGAUGACCUUCUCACAGGCCAAAUCCCAGCUGAAGUUGGCGACCUUCCUUACCUCGAAACUCUUCUAUUCAGACACCUGCCUAACCUCAAUGGUACCAUACAGCCUACCAUUGUAAAGCUCAAGAACCUCAAGACUCUUCGCUUGAGCUGGACAAACCUGUCUGGUUCUGUACCAGAUUUUCUUAGCCAACUUACGAACUUGACUUACUUGGACCUGUCAUUUAAUAACCUCUCAGGCUCUAUUCCAAGCUCCCUCUCUUCACUUCCAAAUCUUGGUGCUUUGCAUUUGGAUAGAAACAAGCUUACAGGUUCAAUACCAGAAUCUUUUGGUAUGUUUCCUGACAAAGCAGUAGGUUUGUAUUUGUCUCAUAAUAAACUUUCUGGUACAAUUCCUGCUUCUUUAGGCAACAUGGACUUCGAUACCAUUGACUUGUCCAGGAAUAUGCUUGAAGGUGAUGCUUCAAUGUUGUUUGGAUCGAACAAAACUACAUCUGAAAUUGAUCUUUCAAGGAAUAUGUUCCAGUUUAAUCUAUCCAAAGUGAAGUUUCCCAAGAGUUUGGCAUGGCUGGAUCUGAAUCACAACAAGAUUAUGGGAAGCAUUCCUACUGGGUUGACCGGAGUGAAUUUGCAGUUCUUGAAUGUGAGUUACAAUAGGUUGUGUGGGCAGAUUCCAGUCGGAGGGAAGUUGCAGAAUUUCGAUUACUCCUCGUAUUUUCACAACCGUUGCUUGUGUGGUACUCCGCUUGAAAGCUGCAAGUAACGGUGGAGACAGCUAGGGCUUUGAUUGCCGGGGAACACAACCAGUGAAGUGUGUAUAGAUGAUAGUUCAGGAAGAGUUGUAAUAAGCACAUAGUGGCAAAUGAUCUGGCAUUCAAUUUGCUUUUAUGUGAGUCUGCUUGUAAUUUGAUUCGGCUAGAACGUAGAAAAGCACAUAAUCAGGGUGUAGCUUCCUAAUAAACAGCUGUGCAGUUAUGUUUUACUCCAAAGUUAUUUGCUCUUACAUUGCAAUGCGGGGCAUGAAUUUUCUUAAGGGAUCAGAAAACGAAGUAAUA